CCCCCCGUGCUGUCUCCUGUCCUGACGGGCGGUCUGAGUGUCCCGACAAUGCCACCUGCUGCAUGACGGCCAGCGGCGCCUGGGGGUGCUGCCCCAUGCCCCAGGCGGUGUGCUGCGGCGACGGGCGGCACUGCUGCCCGCAGGGCACUGCCUGCGACCUGGAGCGCUCCACCUGCACCUCAGCAGCGGGGCGGGCACGGCCCCUGGCAGCCCUGCCCAAAGCUCGUGACGUGCAGUGUGACGAGGAGACGAGCUGCCCCGAUGGGAACACGUGCUGCCGGCUGAGCUCGGGGGCCUGGGGGUGCUGCCCGCUGGAGGAGGCCGUCUGCUGCCCCGACACCGUGCACUGCUGCGCCAACGGGCACACCUGCCUGCAGGAGGGAGGGGGCCGCCGGCCCUGGCUGCGGAAGACCCCGGCGCUGGCCCGGGGAGGGAACGUGCAGUGUGACGAGGAGACGAGCUGCCCCGACGGGAGCACGUGCUGCCGGCUGAGCUCGGGGGCCUGGGGGUGCUGCCCGCUGGAGGAGGCCGUCUGCUGCCCCGACCACGUGCACUGCUGCCCCCAGGGAUGGAGCCAGGCCGUCUGCUGCCCCGACCACGUGCACUGCUGCCCCCAGGGCCACACCUGCGACCCCGGCACAGGCAGCUGCCUGCAGGAGGGAGGGGGCCGCCGGCCCUGGCUGCGGAAGACCCCGGCGCUGGCCCGGGGAGGGAACGUGCAGUGUGACGAGGAGACGAGCUGCCCCGACGGGAGCACGUGCUGCCGGCUGAGCUCGGGGGCCUGGGGGUGCUGCCCGCUGGAGGAGAUCCUCUCUGCUCACUGGGACCAGUUUGGGGCUCCAGUGGCAGGAGGUGAUGAAGGGGGAUGA